UAUGCGCUUCCCGCUCAGUCAUCCUCGGGCGACGUUCGGGACGCGCUCAUGCGGUUGCCAUGCGACGUACUUCGCCUCCCGUGCUCUUUGCCAAGAAUCUCGUCAAGAAGGCUGGUCGAGAGCGGCGCCUGCCGCUGUCCCCCAUGCCCGCCAGGAAGGGGUUGCUGGCGCCCCAGAACACGUUCCUCGACACCAUCGCCACUCGCUUUGAUGGAACCCACAGCAACUUCGUGCUGGGCAACGCGCAGGUGCCGGCGCUGUACCCGAUCGUGUACUGCUCGGACGGCUUCUGCGAGCUGACGGGCUGGGCGCGCGCGCAGAUCAUGCAGAAGGGCUGCGCCUGCAAGUUCCUGUACGGACCGGACACGGCGGACGAGCACAAGCUGCAGAUCGAGCGCGCGCUCGACGCCAAGACAGAGCUCAAGCUGGAGGUCAUCUUCUACAAGAAGAAUGGAACACCAUUCUGGUGCCUGCUGGACAUUGUGCCCAUCAAGAACGAGAAGAGGGAGGUGGUGCUCUUCCUCGCGUCGCACAAGGACAUCACGCAUACCAAGAUGGCCGAGUUGCAGAUAUACGCGAACGGCAACGCCGACCCCGAGGCGCCGCCCGCCAACUACGGCCGCCGCAGGAGCCGCGCCGUCCUCUACCAGCUGUCCGGCCACUACAAGCAGGACAAGAUCAAGACCAAGCUCAAGCUCAACAACCUGACGGCAAAACAUCGAGGUAUGUCUCAGACGCUGCUGCAGCCGACGGCGGCCCCGCUGCCCGAGUACAAGACGGCGGCGCUCAAGAAGUCGCGCUUCAUACUCUCCCACUACGGCGUCUUCAAGAGCUGCUGGGACUGGCUAAUUCUCAUCGCCACCUUCUACGUCGCUGUCGUCGUACCGUACAACGCCAGCUUCGUCAAUCCGGACCGACCCUCCAUGGUCAGUGACGUCGUCGUCGAGGCGCUCUUCAUCAUUGACAUCAUCCUCAACUUCCGGACGACAUACGUGAACCGCAAGGGAGAAGUGGUGUCCAACUCGCGUUCCAUCGCCCUCAACUACCUCAAGAGCUGGUUCGUCGUGGACCUACUGGCAGCUCUGCCUUUCGACCUGCUCUACGCUUCCGACCUCUACAGCGGUGAGGACUCUGGGCACGGCCACAUCCACCUGCUGAAGCUGACGCGGCUGCUGCGGCUGGCGCGGCUUCUGCAGAAGAUGGACCGCUACUCGCAGUACAGCGCCAUGAUCCUCACGCUGCUCAUGCUAUCCUUCACGCUGGUCGCGCACUGGUUAGCCUGCAUCUGGUACGUCAUCGCCGAGAAGGAGCGGCUGCGAAACGAGAAGGACUGGGACCUGGGCUGGAUCCACACAAUGGCGGAGCGGCUGAAGGUGCCGGUGACCAACAUCUCGCACUCCGAGUCGUACAUCACGGCGCUCUACUUCACGUGCUCCAGCCUCACGAGCGUCGGCUUCGGCAAUGUAUCCGCCAACACCAGCGUCGAGAAGAUCUUCAGCAUAUGCACCAUGCUCGUAGGAGCUUUGAUGCAUGCUGUCGUUUUUGGAAAUGUGACGGCUAUCAUUCAGCGAAUGUAUUCUCGGAGAUCCCUUUAUCAAACCAAAUGGAGAGAUCUCAAGGACUUCUUAACCCUUCACCAAAUUCCAAAGGAAAUGAAACAACGAAUGCAGGACUAUUUUCAGACAAUGUGGUCUCUAAAUCAUGGAAUUGAUAUACAUGAGACACUGAAAGAAUUUCCAGAGGAACUCCGAGGUGAUGUAUCAAUGCAUCUUCAUCGUGAGAUACUGCAGUUACCUAUCUUUGAGGCUGCAUCACAGGGAUGCUUAAAACUAUUGUCACUCCACAUAAGAGGCAAUUUCUGUGCUCCUGGUGAAUAUCUCAUCCACAAAGGAGAUGCUUUGCAAUAUAUAUACUACCUGUGUAAUGGUUCCAUGGAAGUUGUACAGAAUGAUAUGGUUGUAGCAAUAUUAGGUAAAGGUGAUUUGUUUGGCUGUGAUAUUUCUAUGUACCUGCAGCCUUCGGGCAAUGGAAGUGGUGGUGGUGGAGGAGGAGGAGGUGGAGCCUCUAGCACUGAUGUGGUUGUGAAAUCAAGCUGUGAUGUAAAAGCGCUCACCUACUGUGAUUUAAAGUGUAUUAAUAUGCAAGGCCUAGUAGAUGUUUUGAGACUAUACCCUGAAUAUCAGCAAGAAUUUGCAAAUGAUAUUCAGCAUGACCUGACAUACAACCUCCGUGAAGGCUAUGAAGCAGAGCAAGAAUCAGAAAUAAAUGGAGUUCCGUCAAUGACUCUUCCAUCUAUAAGUGAGGAUGAUGAAAAUAUACCUGAAGAAGGAGAAACUUCACCAUUAUCUCCUCCCAAUAGAUCACCUCUUCAUUCAAGCAGCAGUCCAAGACAUACAAAAUUCAAUCCAAGCAGUCCACGGCAUGCAAAGUUUAAUCAGAGAGUGGAGGAAUAUGCUGGAGUGACAACUCGUACUAUGAGAUCGAGAGUGGCUGUGCUCAGGGACAGGCAAAGACCACCCCUCAUCAGGAGCCUGAGCCAGAAAUCAGGUUCUCUGGAAGGACUAAACCUGGAGCUCAGAGGAGAAGUUGAGCAAACUAAAACCAGUGUUGAGAGGCUUGACAAUCAAGUUUCAUCACUGCACCAGGAUGUGGCAACUCUCAGCCAGGAGGUUCGAAAUGCUAUUCAAGCUUUGCAAGAGCUUGCAUCAAGUAGCAGUACAGUGGCGACACGCUAUCCUCAUCCCCUUCCAGCGCACUCAAAUCCCAAUUUGCCAUACAACUGCCUGGAUGGCAGUAUUAUACAGCGCAGUUCAUCACAUCCCCCUGACAUGUUCUGUUGGGAAACUGAAGAAAUGCCAAUGAGAUUGAGCCGGCUUGCAGAUAAGGAAACACAAACUUCUAUGCCUGUAGACAUUUUUGAGAAUUUUGUGCUUCAGAAUCCUCACAGAGUUCUAUUGAUACUUGGACUUGAUGCUGAAGCAGUGCUGAGAAGUAGUAGUGCACAGGAGAGGAUGUUGGGAGCUUCACAGACAAAUGGUACAUGUGUUCUUAGAAAUCAUCAUAAGAAUGGGAUUAUAACUCAAAGUGAUCUUCGAUCUGUGCAGACACCUAGCAACUGGAACCACGCAAGGACAGCUGUGGAUUCCCAACGGCAUAGGUUCAGUGCAGGUGAUGUGGAAGGUGUGACUGCAACUGCUUUUCAAGCAGCUAACCCCUUUUCUUCAUCACAAUCUUUGAAAUUCCAACCUUUUGAUAGUUGAGCUGUGGCUCUCCAUAUCCUCCAGCUCUUCAAAAUGCAAGUACAUUUCUCUUCAGUAUGCUUGCUUGAAUUUUGAUAGAUGCCUACUGUUAUUUAGGCUUAAUUUACUCUUGUUUCUUGUACAUAAUGAUCAACUGCGAUAUAGUUUUUAAUUUGUUUAAGUUAUACUUUAAAAGUAAUGUGUAAUUCAAGAAAAAGACAUUCAGUGAUAUUUUAACUUGUGAGUUGCUUGGUAUGUUUGUAUGUUUACAAUUUAUUUCAAAUCUGUCUCGCCCCUUAAUUUUUUGUCAGUUUAACUGGUUAGUUGAAAAAAAAAAAAAAAAUACUCCGGAUCCAAAAUAAAGUGUAACAGAAAAUGCCCACAUUAUAACAAGUCAGUUUUUGUAUUUUAGUGUUCAGUAACAUAUUUCCAUCAAUAUAUUCUAUAAUUUCAGUUCAGGUACUUAAAAUUUUCUCAGAAAAACAGUCACUUCAAAAUCAGAAAUGAAGCUUUAUUGUAACUGGCCUAAUGUUGAACAAUGUAAGUCUGUAUAUAAAAAUAAUUAUUUAUUACUGUCAGUCUUCUGAUUUUAAAAAGAUAUGUUACCCAAAGAGAAAGGAAUCUAAUUUACCUUGUCACAAAUAUUUACAUGUAAAAUAUUGCGGUCUCCAGCACUGACAAACCAGAUCGAUAGCACUGAUCUUAAAUUUCACUCAGGUCUAAAAUCACUGGCUGCCACCUGUUCUUUCCAUAACUCUGUACCAUAAAUAACAUUACAGAUCUUUCACAUGUUUAUAAUUAUUCAUUGCUAAUUACUUCUUCAAAAAAUAAAUGGAAUAAAAGCAUGUGACACUCCUACACAUAUUUUAGACAGAUCAUAGCAAUGAUUUUAUUUUGCAGAAUAAAAUAAUUUAUUUUUACAUUUAAGAUGCUGUGCUUUAGACUGUCAAUUUUUUUCUUGAGACAUCUUUCAUCUGACUGGUUUGAUGCAGCCUGUCACAAAUUCCUCUCCUGUGCCAACCUCUUCAUCUCAUAAUAUUAUCUGUAUCCUAUGUUCUAAAUUAUUUGUUGGGUAUAUUACAGUCUCCCUGACAAUUCCUCACCCCCGUAGAGGCUCUCAGUGCUCUCUUUCCAGCUAUUCGCAACCUCCUGUCUCCUUUGCUUUUAACAGUACAAUUUCCAAUGUCUUCUUGUUUCUAAUUCCACCAAAGGUUGUUUUGACUUUUCUAUAUGCCAAGUCAGUCCUCCAAGAAAUCAUUUAUUUUUCUGUUUCUAGGUUUAUUCCUUCAUCCAUUUCACCAUGUCUUUGCUACACUUCUUAUUUGCUUCAUUGCUUGGUGAUUUAUGUUGGUGAAUUUCUGUAUUUCUCCUAACAUUGUAGUAUUUCCUUCUUUUGUAAGUUAGUUGAAAUAUUUCUACUGUCACCCAAAGUUUCUCCAAGGUUAUCUUCUUUAUACCUGCCCUUGUAUGUCCAACAAAUAUGGUUGCUCCUUGUAGAGAUGUCCAUUCCUCUUCAACUGAACUUCCUACAGUGGUAUUUCUUAUCCGAGUAUCCAUAUUUUUAGCAAACUUCAAAAGCAUCUCAUCCUUUCUCAGUACUUUAUUAUCCCACUUCCUUCCACACUGAUUAUUCCGGAUGAUUCUCUUAAACUUCAAUCUACUCUUCAUCAUCAUUAAAUUGUGAUCCCAGUAUAUAUCUGCUGGAUAGUUGUUACACUUCGAUGUCUGAUUUCAGAAUCUAUGUCUGACCAUGAUAUAAUCCAGCUGGAACCUUUUGAAAUCCCCAAGUCUUUUCAUAGUAUACAUCCCCCUCUUGUGUUUCUUGAACAGAGGAUUCACUAUUACCAUCUGAAUGUUUUUGCAGAACUCUGUUAGUCUUUCUCCUCUCUCAUCCCUACUGACAAGCCCACAUUCUCCCAUACCCCUUUCUUUAUUCCUUCCCCUACAACUGCAUUUCAGUCUCCCUGGCUAUUGGAUUGUCAUCCACCUUUACAUACUGAAUUACCCAUUCAGUAUUCUUAUACACUUUCUCUUUAUCUUUUGAUUGCAAUAUCAACACAUAUACCUGAAUUACUGUUGUCAACAGUGGUUUGCUGUUGAAUCUUGUGAGAACAAUCCCAUCUCUGAAGUGUUCACAGUAACUAACACUUUGUCCUAUUUUCCUGAAUUGCUGUUGUCAGCAGUGGUUUCAUACUUCUUACUUCAUGUUAUUUAGACAAUAUGAUCUAAGUAGCUACCAAUACCACAUGACUUUUAUUUACUCUUUCCGCAGUUUACAGCAAUCAUCUUAGGACAAAAUUUCACAUGUAAUGUAACACUAAAUGUUAAUUAUGGUACGUAUCCUUUGCCAGUGAAGCCUCAGAGGAAAUGAUAAAAUUGAUCUGUACAUAUUAAAUACAUUUCUUACCUGUGUUUUAAGAUAUUUAUCUUUUCAGGAAUCUGACACCUUCAAUCAAAAUAGACUUUUAGGAUUUCCUCAACACAAAGUAGAUAAAACUGAUAUUCACACCUUAUUUUCUUUACUUGCCGCACUGUUUAAAGUACCAUUGAUUAAUAUGUUAUUCAACUCUUCAGGCAACUGUCAACCCACCUAGCAACUUUGUGGAUGACAGUAAAUUUGUCAUUUAGUGCUUAAAGCUCCCCACUCCAGUGUUUAGAUUGAAUUAUUUUAUUGGUGACCUAAUAAAUAAAUGAAUCCUUGCAUAAGCAAUGUUCUCUAUAGUUUGUAAAUUUAGUUCAAAUAUGGUGCUGUUAUGAAUUAUACCUAUCAAAUAAUCUGCUUGUCCAGGUUUUCUGGAUUUUUAUUUUCUGUUGUAGAGGAAUUUGCUGAAUAUAUAUUAAAAGACUGAAUGAAAUCUCAUUUGUCAUUGGUAAGCUGUUUAAAAAUGACAUUCCCUUUGUACCACGAUAUUAAACUGAAACUGUUUCUCUCUUCCGGAGCAGUCUUUUUCAACAGUGUUCCAUGUUUGUGGAAUAUAUUUUUAUUAUUGCACUUACCAGAGUCUAUUUACAUGUUACCAUAUUGUGGCUAUGAACAUUUAGAAAGUAUCAAAAUAUAAUAGCUAUAUUAUUUUAACUCUAUUAUAUUUUCAGACUGCUGCUGAGAAGCAGAAUUAUAACAUUUUGAACUGGUUAAGGGUUUAAUAUUUGUGUUUUGCAUGAAAAAAAUUCACUUUGCUGAAUAUUUCUGCAUUAGUGACAUAUUUUGUACAAAAUCUGCUGAAUAGAAACCAUGAUCAAAAUUAAUCCUGAUAAAAGUUGUAAAUAACUAUUUUGAAAUGUUGUACUAAAUUCAUAUCACUGUUACUUACCCUGUUGAAAAGUUUAGUGCCUGGAGCCUAGUUCAUUAUUUGUGUACAUCAUUUCUUUUCCUUCAUGUUAACAAGAGAAAGCUCUAAAUACUUUAAAAGAUUUUAAAUCAACUGUUAAAUUCUGCUUCGACAGAAAGACAAAUAAACUGCACCAUUCCAUUAUGUAAAUAACUAAAUGUCUUAGAACAAAAAUUAAGUAUAUGACAUGUUGUGUUUUAAAUAUAUAUCUUCUACAUCAAUCUUGUACAUGGAACUGAGAACUCUGAUAUUGUUGGCAGUUCUAUGAAAUGUCCUGAGUUAUGUAUGAAGAGAGCAUGUGUUCUCUGUUUUGCUUUCAAACAAGAAAAUGAGUAUAUUUUAUUGACAAAAGCUACUAUUUUGUUAUACUAUAACUUUCUACUUAGCAUCUGUUUCUUGUAAAUAUAUAUUCCACGCUAACACUAAAUUGUUCUUUGAAUAAAGAUCAAUAUUUUAUA